AUGAUAGGAGAGGACACAGACUAUGGGCAAGAAGGCAUCCGAGCUACCACGACAGAGAUUCUGCGGUCUGGAUCCUGUGUGGCUUUCACAGAAUACAUACUGACUAGUCGCCCAGACAGAAAUGCCUUUCAUCUCUCAAGAGUCAUAGUAGAGUCAAAUGCUAGCGUCAUUGUUGUCUUCUCCAGUGGUUCCAACUUUGUACCAGUGGUAGAAGAGCUUUUAAAAAAUAAUGUCACAGGUAAAACUUGGGUAGCCAGUGAGUCAUGGUCAACAUCAGCCUUGGUCUCCAAAGAAAAAUACUGGCAUGUCCUAAAAGGGACUGUUGGCUUUGCCCUACAUAGUGGGCACAUUUCUGGACUCAAACAAUUUCUUAACUCUAUGGAUCCCAAGAAGACCCCAGAUGAUAUCUUCUUAAAAGAGUUUUGGGAAGUAACUUUUCACUGUAAGUGGCAGAUCAAAGAGGUUCGUUUUAUCAACAGCACCAAAAUUUGCACAGGGCAGGAGUCUAACGGGGCCAUAUUCACUGACAGCAUCCAGAGGGUUACUUACAGCAUCUACAUUGCAGUUUAUGCGCUGGCAUGGGCUCUGCAUGGAAUCCUAAUCAGCAGACAAAGAGCAUGUCUUCAGAUCCACGAGACCUGCAAUGAACCCUUGUCUUUCCAACCAUGGCAGGUAAUGGAUUCAAUAAGGACUGUCCACUUUGAAGCCAAAGAUGGGAGAGAUGUAUAUUUUGGCUCUAAUGGGGACCUCCCAGCUGUGUAUGACAUUGUAAACUGGCAGAUAGAUGCUACAGGCAAAAUACAGCAUGUGAAGGUGGGGAAUUAUGAUGGCAGCACCCAGAAAGGGUACACAUUCUCUGUGAAUACCAGUGCCAUCCAGUGGACCACAGAAAGGGAACAGGUUCCUUUAUCCUACUGCAGUAAAAGCUGCCCCAUAGGAUUUAGGAAAGCAACCAUACAGGGGAAACCGAUCUGUUGUUUCCAAUGUGUUCCGUGUCCUUCUGGGGAAGUCGCAAACCAGACAGACUCAUUUGACUGUUUCAAGUGUCCAUGGGAUCAGUGGCCCAAUAACCUGAAGGAUCAGUGCAUUACAAAAUCAGUUGAGUUUCUUUCCUGUGAUGAUCCAUUGGGUGUUACCCUAAUCACCUCCAAUGCCAUUUCUUCCAUCAUCCCAGUGGCAUUAUUGGGGCUUUUCAUUAAUUUCAAGACUAGUCCCAUUGUUCGUGCCAACAAUUACCUCCUUAGUUGCUUUCUUUUGGUAUCUCUCAGCCUCUGUUUUCUUUGUUCUUUAAGUUUCAUUGGUUACCCUCAACCUGAAAGGUGUCUUUUGCGCCAGGUGUCAUUUGGGAUGGUUUUUACUCUCUGCAUCUCUUGUGUUCUGGCCAAAACAAUCACUGUUGUCAUUGCUUUCAAAGCCACCAAGCCAGGCAGCAAAUUAAGAAAAUGGACAGGAACAAAAGUGACCUACUUAGUCGUAGGUCUUGGUGUUCUGCUGCAGUUUUGUAUAUGCAUUAUUUGGUUGUCCAACUUCCCUCCUUUUCCGGAAAAUGACAUCCAGACUAAACCAGGAGUCAUCAUUGUUCACUGUAAUGAAGGAUCUCCUACUUGUUUUUGGUGUAUGCUGGGAUAUCUAGGACUUCUGGCCACCAUAAGCUUUGUUCUUGCCUUCUUGGUCAGGAGGCUUCCAGACAGCUUUAAUGAAGCCAAAUUUAUCACAUUCAGUAUGUUGGCUUUCCUCAGUGUCUGGGUGUCCUUUAUCCCAGCUUAUAUCAGUGCUCGGGGCAUGUAUACUGUGGCAAUGGAGGUCUUUGCCAUUCUGUCUUCUAGCUGGGCUCUGGUCAUCUGCAUCUUUCUGCCCAAGGGUUUCAUCAUUCUCUUCAGACCAGAACUCAACACCAAAGAGAGUUUAAUGGGGCGAGGCAAAAAUUAA